UAUCGUCUUUUCAUUCUUUAGAAGAUUUUUAAAUUAAUGAUACGACGUAAGCAUUAUCAUUUUGUGAAUAUAUUCUGAAAACUUGUUUGUAUUUUACAAAUCUGGCAACCUUCAUUUUAAAAACAUAUAAAAAAAUGGAAUAAAAACAAAACGAAAUAAACGUUUGGAAAUGGAGGAAGAAUGUAAAGAUAGUUUAAUCCCGAAGAAACUACGAAGUCUGUUGGUUCCUUUUGUAUUAAGUUUCCUUAAGGAUCGACCGACGGAUUAUGUAGAUUACUGCGCAGAUUACUUCAGUAAUCUCUCUGAGGAAUGCAAAAAACUAAACCAAUCAACAAAUUACGCUGUAGAACUUGGUGAUGGUGGUUUUACUCAGGGUAGAACACCGCCUUUGCAAGAAUCAGAUGGUUUAUCCGCAGAUGAGAAUGACAAAAUACCAUGUGUGAAAGAAACAAGUUCUUCGAAUCAUUCAUUAGAGUCUAAAAAUCUGCAGAAACCCAUAAGGAAUGUGAUUUACAACAAGGCGGAUUUUUCUCCUCAAAUCGGAGACCAACCAGAAGUUACAGCACAAACAAAUCAAGAUCAGAAAGAUGUCAUCAAAUUUAUCAACGAAGAUUUAGAAUACAUUGAAGACAAGAAUGAUCAUUUAAUUUUGAAUGAUAAAAUAAUUGAAAAUGCUUUAGUUCCUCCACGAAAGGAUUCAUGUGCUGACCUUUCAAAUGAGGAAUUAGAUUCAUAUGUUCAAGGAUACAUAACAGAAUUAAUAUCUUCCCAAACUUCCACUUUUAAGCCAGAGUUCUCAAAAAAGCUGCGAAGGCAAGCGAAAUGGCAAAACUGGAUAGCUGGAAAGCGUAACUGGAUAAAAAAGAUGACAGAUGCCAUUAAUAGCCCUAACAGUAGCAAUUUAGAGGAUUCGGAUUUUAUCGAAUAUUACCCUCUGUGCGAAGAAGAAUCAGAAAUGGCAAAUACUCCUAUUAGUUUGGAACUAGAUUCAGAUGUUAAAGAAGCUAGACAUAAGGAUGCCAGUAAGAGGGAUGCAAGUACUGAUAACUUAUUUGACUAUAACAGAAUCAAUUCAGUGAUUGACUCUUUCUCUGCGCAGUCUGAACAGUUACUGAAUGAACUAAAAACAACCGAAUCACUUUUCUGUGAAACACUUCGAAAAGAAUUGGGUUAUUACUUUAGAAACGAGCUCGAUGAAUAUGGCCAAAGAGAUAGGACAUGCGAUCCAACCAUACAUUUUCUCUCUCGGAAUAAAGAUGUGUCUGCAACUGAAACCCCUGACUGUAGCUCUCCAAGUUCCUGCAAUUUAGCUCGUGGUCUGAAGGUUCUUUCCGAAGAAGAUACGAUCGGAAAAGAGCCUAAUUGUGAAGUAUUGGAUGAAAGAUAUAAUGAAGACAAUUACAGAGAGAGGAAUGAAAUUACGUCCAUGAAAGCUAAUACCAAUAAAUCAAAGCAAAGUCAUUUCUUGAGAUACAAUCAAAACACGGUGACUGAAUUAAAUAGACGUUUGAGUAACGUAACAGUUAAAGACAUGCCAAAUCGAAAUCAAAGAUGUCGUAAUGGAGCUGAGGAAUUUUCAGAAAAAUAUCCAUUCAAAAACUACGCCAUUGAACAAGAAGGUAACGAAAAUAUGGAUCAAAGAGUAAAACGGAAGCGAUCCUCGGAUAACUCUUCACGGGAAAAUUUAAGAUCACUCCUUAACACACAAAGAUUUGCUCAACCAGUUCAGCAUAUUCGCCCAACAACCUCUUUGCCCACUCGUUUUGUUCGCCCUCUUAGACACACGCAACCAAAACAUCCGAGCGUUGCCGCAGUGAGACCAACAUUAUUGUCAUUAAUUGGAGAACAAGGCGACGUACCUCCUCGAAUGUUGUGGCAGCGACACUCUGAGAGAACUGCAGCAAAUACAAGAGGGCAUCAUAUGGUAGCUACAUCAGUGCAAUUAAAUAGAAAUAAUAUGGAAAACGAUUCUGAAUCUAGUUUUUCGAGUCACGGUAGUCAAACGUUCGAAUCGCUUAAUCCUCUAAAUGAAACAGCUGCAAGAUUUAAUGGAGAAGAGGAAAAUCAAACAAAAACUCUUAUACGUGAUACUGAAGAAACAGAAGAUGAGGAUAGAUGUACCCCGGGUACAAAUGAAGAGAAAUUUGAUUUAAAAGCGGAGAAUUGCAAGUUAGAACUGGAAUCGAGUAAUAACAACGAACUGGUGAUUCUUGUUUCAGUAGAGAACAACAAUGAUUUAGAAAUUGUUACCGAUGCUAAUGAAGAACCAAAAAAUCCCACUUUGGAAUCUGUCUUAAAUCAUGAAGAUAUUUCUUCAAUAGGAAAAGAUUCCGAAUCUACUUAUGCUGACGAAAAGGUAGAGAGUGGCGAAAUUUUGUUAAACGGCUGUGUAUUUUUUAGCACAAAAAGUGAUUUUAUGUUAGAAAAUGCUAAUUUAAAUAUUGAGACAGAAAAUGAAAAUUUUAAAAUAGAGACCAACAUUGUAGAACCGUCGAAUGAAACGAUGAACAGCAGUACAACCUCUGAACAAAAUAAGUCAAUUGGCAAAAAUAAUGAUCAUGAAAUAAGGGAAAUUAGAUUCAAUCUCAAUGCUAAAAACAGCAAGAUAAAAGUGCAACCAGAAAAUGGUAAUAGAAUAAUAAUUACCAUCUCUGCAAAUGAUAGCAAUGAUUUAGAGGUAAAUGGCGAUUUUUCUGAAAUACCAGUACGUCACAAUCAGAGAAAUAGAUUGGAAAAUGCCGAAAUUAUUUCCCCUAAAAAUAUCGUUGUUGAUGGGGAAAAUAUAAACGGUGGACAUAAAGAGAAAAACCCAGUACAGGGUCGUAUAACUUUUACCACAAGAAGCAAACUUCUGUUCGAAAACGUAAACUUUCACGCCAGCAUAAAUGAUCAAUUGCUAGAAAGAAAUGUUGUCCAUGAAAGAAAUGAAACUCUGUCGUAUUCUACAGUUCGUCAAGAAGAGGCAUUCAAUAACUUGGAUGAAGCAGAAAAAUCUUUAGUAGAAUCAAUUUCAGGUUUUUGCGGUAAAGAAAGUCAUUUGUCGAACACAGAAUGUAAAGACAGUGAUCAAAAUGGAAAAGUAAAAAGUCUGAAAACGGAUAUUGAUGAUCCAAAAAUCGCAGAAGGCGAUCCAUUUAAGAGGGAAAUUAUUACUGCUACCAUCGCCAAGCAAAAUAUGGAACCUGGACUGACAUCAGCUGGUGGUGACUUCGUGGAGGCACCAUUGCCAGUUGAUUCUAACUCAGAGAACGUUUCUAGAAAUGGCACUUCUGAUAGUGUCACCUCUCAUGCUGAUUCUUCAUUGAGCAAAGAAAGAUUCUCAGCAGAAGACGUCAAAAACGCUGUUAUUAAGGCCUUUGAAGAGCAAAGUAAAGCCAAUGAAUCUGAUGAUUUUGAUUAUUUUUUUGAUACUGAUACUUCUGAUUCGAAUUCUAGUGAGAUGUCUGAUGACAGUUACUCUGAAGAAAACAGCGAUUGUUAAUAUUAUUUUGGUGAACAAUACGGAUUCUUCAAAAGUUGUAUUUGUUUAUUUACUUUUCGCUUCUUUCUAAGAUUAAACUAUCUAUCCUAAAUUAUUUUAUAAUAUUCAGAAAAGCUUUUUAUUUAUUGGAUUUUAUUCUUAAAUAAUUAGGUAGCCUAUUCUUAACGGUUACGUUUAUUAUGUUAUUAUGUUUUCCGUUUAUUAUGUUAUUAAAAACUUAUUUUUAAGAAGUCUUUUUAAAGAAAAUGCUAGUAAUAAUUUCAAUAAUUUCGAUUCCCGUUUAAAGGAAUUGUUAUGAUAAU